UUUGACAAUGAAAUCUUCGGUCUCAUGCCUCAGUUUAAUAGUGUUAUCCAAGGCAAAAUGAGGUCGUGUUAUUUUGGGGCUGUAAUUGCCCUAUUACUAUUGCAAAGCUCGCAAACUAAUGCUCAAAACUUUGACGAUUGCAUGAAUGAAGUCACAACUAUCGUCGAAAAGUUCUCCACCCCUGAAGUCGAGGAGGUUGUGGUGGGAGUUCUGAAGGAGGAAUUGUGUGGGGAGGGAAACGCUUUCCCAAAUGAGGCUGAAUGCUCGUCGAGCAUAACGCAACGUUGGCCUGACAUCACCCAACUCUUCAUUGAGUUUGAGUCGGUUUUUGCCAAUGAGACUUGUACCCAAGCCAUUCCCAUUCGUUUGGACUGGAAUUGUAUCACUUGUCGCUACAGGAUUCAAGGACUUCUUUCCACUCUCAGAUCUUACACAUUCUCAAGGGCUUUCCGGGAUUUUGCCCUUGGUCCAGCUUACUGUGAACAGCAGGAUUCAACAGCUGAGGAACAAGAAGCUUGCAAGCAAUGGAUCGAGGAUUAUGUCACCAAAGCCUUUGCUGUCAUCCGUUUUACCCCCACAGAAAACAUUUGCAAUGAGAUCUACGGAGAGUGCACCGGAGAAAUUGGCUGUCGUGAUGGAAUGGCAGAAAUCUACAAACAAAUUGGUUACACCGAUACCAUUGAAAGGACUAAAACUCUCCUGAAAAGUGAGGUUUGCACUCAAACUUGGGUAGAGAGCGAAGAGGGGUGUAAGAGGGGCGUGGAUGCUCAUUGGGAUCGAAUUGCCGCAGCAGUAUCCCGAAGUGGGUUUAACUUUAUCACUAUUUGCUCCAACUACUUUGAAUACUUUGCCAACCCUGCUCCAGAGGCCACUUGGGAUUGCAGCACAUGUCAAAUGCGAGUCCGGGAGAUGAUGGGUUUUAAUCGAAACCACAAAAUUGAUUGGAUUGUGGCAUCAGUUGACCAAGUUAUCUAUGGAACGAAUAUUUGUAUGGAUGCAGAAGAUAAACCAAACGGCAUUAUAGCUUGCCAAAAGUAUGUGAGGGCGUUCAUGCCCAAAGCUGUCGAUGUCCUAAUUGAAGACGCAUACAACAACCCUGACAAAGUGUGUCGAAAUGUUUAUGACUUUGAAAAUUCAUGUCAGUUCAUUGCUGAAACUAAUAGUGCUUCUACCGGAAUGGCUGCAGUCAGCUUAUUCAUCAGCUCGUUCCUAUUGAUCAACCAGUUGUAGACUUAGUAUGACUUGGUGUUUGUGAAAAUAAAAGAGAUUAAACAGA